AUUAUGUUCACAGAGUAACCCUAUUAUGAAGCCAAGGUGUUUCUUAAAUCUUACAAUGAUGCUAUUGCAUGUUUAAAGUAAGUUAAUUACAAUUGCAAUCUUUUAGAGAGGCUGCUGAAUAAAAAGCUCACGUUGAAUUCUAAGAACAUGUGCUCUAAUCACUUGCGACUGCUCGCACAAGAUAAGAGGUAGAUAUUGUUAUCAUGUUAGCUGGAUGUGAGAGAUGGUUAAGUGGUGCCAGGAUUAAAUUUUGGGUAAUCAAAGUAGACCAAGCUCUUCUAAUUUUCAAAGUAUAGAUUUGUAAUAAAUAGCAAGUCAUGUGUUUUCAAAAUAUUUCAAAGGAUUUGAGGAAUAUAGCGGCAAUUUCAAGGGCUUCCAAUAGGUUUUAACAGAAGGACUGAAAAAGAUGAAGUCAGAUGUGAAAUGAGAUAUGAAUAAUGA